GGUGCCAGAAUCGACUGGUAAGCACUAGGCAGCCGUGAAGCAUUCAGUUGAAACACCACUACUGUCAAGGGAGCACUGUGCCGCAAAGAGGAAAGGGGCUCGUGGAGAAUAAGGAUACGCUGUUGAUCUCCUUUCAUGUCGGGCUUCAGACACUCGUGCUUUUCUCUAAGAUUUAAAGGUUGAUCCUCUGCUGUGGGGUUUUCCAGGCUGGUGUGUGUGUGUGUGUUUGGUGAAGCAGCAGCACCCCACCCCUCCCUGGCGGACGCGAGAUGGGGAACGGGCUGUCGGAGCGUCGCGUGUCGGUCCUGCCUUGCCUGCCCUCCUUCCAGGCGCUGCACCUCGUGAUCCUGGGCCUGGACUGCGCCGGCAAGACCACCGUGCUCUACCGGCUGCGCUUCAACGAGUUCGUCAACACAGUGCCCACCAAGGGCUUCAACACGGAGCGCGUGCGCCUGCCCCUGGGCACCGGCCGAUGCCGCUCGGCCGCCUGCCACUUCUGGGACGUGGGCGGCCAGGAGAAGCUGCGGCCGCUGUGGCGCUCGUACACGCGCUGCGCCGACGGCCUGGUCUUCGUGGUGGACUCGGUGGACGCCGAGCGCAUGGAGGAGGCGAAGACGGAGCUGCACAAGAUCACGCGUCUCCACGACAACCUGGGCGUGCCCGUGCUGGUGGUGGCCAACAAGCAGGACCUGCGCGCCGCGCUGCCCCUGGCCGACGUGGAGCGGCUGCUGGCCCUUAACGAGCUGGGCACACACACGCCCUGGCACCUGCAGCCCGCGUGCGCCAUCAUUGGCGAGGGCCUGCAGGAGGGGCUGGAGAGACUGCACGCCAUGAUCAUCAAGAGGAGGAAGAUGCUGCGGCAGCAGAAGAGGAAAAGAUGAGGAGCACGCAGGCCAGAAGUCGCGUGUGUGUGUGUGUGUGUGUGUACAGGGACAAUCAUGCACAAACACACACACACACACACACACACACACAGACACCCUCUCCCACCAUUGUGCUGCUGACGUCUUGUUCAUACAGGCUACAGCAGUGCCUCAGACGGAUGCUGGGGAUGUUAUUGGCUGCCACAGGUGGAUACUGCGAUCCUAUUGGCUGCCUCAGGCAGAUGCUGGGAUUUUAUUGGCUGAGUUGUAUCAGCUGGGCGAAGCUGGGGUUUUCUACUGUUUGUACUGUGCCGGACGCUCCGGGACUUCUGCUGAGCGGAUCGAUCCGCUGUCACGCGGGCCUCUGGACGCGAGCAAUCAUGUGACCGUGGUGACCACAAUGAUUAUGGAUUUCUAAUGUUCUGACAGGGUGGCGACACGCAAUCACCUCCGGCACAGGGUGCAAUGGAGACCACGUACACACUCUCUCACACACACACACACACACACACACACACACACGGUGGCUGAGCUGAGCUAUCUGUUUCACCAA